CUGCUCUCUUAAAUGAGGCACCGAGACGGGAGCCAGAGGCGUUCGCAGUCGCGGCAGAUUGAACCACGACGGACGGUGGGAGCCGCGCACGGCGACUCGCGCUCAGGGGACCCGUACACUGCAGGACCCCCCCGGGAACCAACGCUCCGGGACUCGUACACUGCAGGACCCCCCCCCCCCCGCUCCCGGGAACCAACGCUCCGGUUUACCGGGACUCGCUCGUUGCCUCGGCCCCGUAUCGGGAUUAGAGCGGACGCCGAGAGCAGUGGACUCCGCCAGCCCAUGGGGUUCAUCUGCCCGGGUCGCCGCGAGUUGGACGCAGCGUCCGCGAUGGGAGUGCGCGUGGCCGCCGCGGGGAGCGCCGCCGCUCCCAUCGGGGGUCACUCCUUCGCCAGCGAGCCCGGCACCGACUCACGAACCCCGCGCCUGUGGAGGGAACCGCGCGCGUGGGCCCCGCACCCGGGCCCCGUGUCCCCUCCGCUGCCUCGACCCCCGCGCUCCUCGUCCUCCGCCCCCUCCUCGUCCUCUUCGUCGUCGGCGGUCGUGGACGCGGCCCCCGUGGCCACGCGGCUGCGCUCGUUCACUUCGGCGCAGGAGCUUCUCGCCGUGCAGCGCACGGUGGCGGCCCUCGCCGAGAGCGGCUUCUACUGGGGCUCCGUGGCCGGGCCCGAGGCUCGCCGUCUGCUCGCCUCGCAGCCCGUGGGCACUUUCCUGGUGCGCGACAGCACCGACCCGCGCCACCUCUUCAGCCUCACGCUGCGCACGCGGCUCGGCGCCACGAGCGUGCGGGUGCAGCUCCACGCGGGGCGAUUCCGCCUCGAGUGCAGCCAGCGCCGAGACGCGCUGCCCGGCUUCGACUGCGUGCUCAAGCUCCUGGAGCACUACGUGCGCCCCGCGGGACCCCUCGGUGCCGACCCCAACAACGGCGGCGGCGGCGGCGACGACAACAACAACGACAACGACAGCGCCAACAACGCCGCGCAGAGAGGGGGUGGUGGCCGUGGCGGGGGUGCACUCCACCGGCACGCGCAGAGGGGGCCCCCCGCGGUCACGGAGAGGGGGUCCUUAGCAGAGAAGCGGCGAGCGCAGCAGCAGCAGCGGGAGCAGCAGCAGCAGCGGCGGCGGCAGGAGGAGGAGGAGGAGGCGGCGGCGAGAGCGGCGGCCGGGGUGGCGGGCAAGGGACGAACGCCGCUGCUCCUCACGCGGCCGCUGCGCCACACGCGCGUGCCGCAGCUGCAGCACCUCGCCCGCAAGGCCGUGCACCGCGCGCUCGGGGGCCGCAAGCCCGAGCAGCUACAGCUGCCCUCCCUGCUGCAGGGCUACCUCGAGACGUACCCCUACCAGCUGUGACAGCGAGAGGGCGUGGGGGGGGGGGUUGAUGACCGCCUGCAAACGAUUUGGGAGG